AUGGCAGCGGAACAACAACAUUAUCCGACGCUGCUACACCUCUUUGAUUCUUUGUGGUUCGAACACCAAAUUCUCACCUCGAAAAACCCAACCUUAAUAUCAUCAAAUUCAAACCCGACACCCCAAGAAGAUGUCGAGAAUCCUAAAAAGCUUUCUAGAACCCCAACUUUCAUCUCCAGAUCUUUCAGCGACCAAUGUUUGAGCUCCAAGGACAGCUUGGAUUCAGAGGUGCCCUCUCCCAAGUCUGUUCUUCUCGAGUCGUCCAAGCUCCAGCCCAUUCUUUCCGGCAAGGAGUACAUCGGAAUUUCCGAACAGGGGGAGAUGAAAGACGCCGGCGGCAGCUUCACCGGCGUGAGUUUCAAGAACAGAGAAAGUUGCCGGAGGAGGAGGAGAAGGAAGGAUGGUAGUGGGAACAGUAAGAGCUUAUCCGAGCUCGAGUUUAAGGAGCUAAAAGGGUUUAUGGAUCUUGGGUUUGUGUUCUCGGAUGAGGAUAGGGAUUCAACCCUGGUUUCAAUUAUCCCUGGGCUGCAGAGGCUGGGAAGAGAAGGCGUAGAAGAAGAAGGAGAGAAGAAGGGGAUUGCAGUUUCAAGGCCAUAUCUUUCAGAAGCAUGGGAUGUUAUGGGAGAAAACAGGAAGAAUCAGAAUCCAUUAGUGAAUUGGAGAAUUCCAGAUUUUGGUAAUGAAAUGGACAUGAAAAACCAUCUUAGAUUCUGGGCUCAUACUGUUGCAUCUAAUGCUAGAUAA